AUGUGUGGGAAGCCCCUUCUGACUCCUGAAUGUUUUGUGACUGGGCCGAACUCCAUGCCUCCACAGGGUGGGGUGAGAAUAGAAAGUUUUAAUGUACCUGAUGUUACGAAUACGGAUGAUAGCCCUGAGGUCCUGCUCAUCCGUAAAUGUCAGUACAAAGGCGAUGCCACCGUUUGUUCUUGUGCUUUCCACUCUUGGCCUCCACCAGAGAUCCAGUGGCAAAUGGACAAGAAAGAUCUAACAGGGAACAACACCCCUGGCAAUGAUGCCUCAGAGAAGCAGAAGUCCAAGACUCUGCUAGGUGAAACCGGCAGACAAACUGCAGAUGGAAGGCGUCACGAACCGUCAAAUGAGCCUGGAAAAGGCUUUGCCACAUGCACCAAAGGCAUGUGUGGGAAGCCCCUUCUGACUCCUGAAUGUUUUGUGACUGGGCCGAACUCCAUGCCUCCACAGGGUGGGGCAACCACGAAUGUUUCUCAUUGCCUCCAUAAUAUAACAGCUGUGGAAGAAGUCAUGCGCCACAUUGCUAUCGUCACCAAUGUGAUCGUCUUGGUACUGGGAGUUUCUGGCAACGGGCUGGUAAUGUGGAUCAUAGCUACGCGAACGAAGCACAAGACCUUCACUUCCAUCUGCUACUUCAACCUGGCUGUGGCCGACUUCCUCUUCUCUGCGGGUCGUAUCCCUGCCCUUGUACAAGAGACCAUGUACAACCGCUGGCCCUUUGGCCUCAUCCUCUGCAAGCUCCAUGGCUUUGCCCGCUACCUCACUGCCUUCACGAGCGUCUUCAUCCUCACGGUUAUCAGUCUGUAUCGCUGUCUGAUGGUCGUAAAGCCUGUCUGGGCCCGAAACCACCAAAGUCCUCGUUUCCAAGCCCUGAUGUGCAUUGGUGCAUGGACCCUAGCUUUGUUCUUCAGCAUCCCUUACCUGGUGGUCCGCACUGUUGAAGUCAGAAAUGGUGCCUCCUGUUGCACCUAUCGAAAGGAUCUCAAAAUCUCCACAGAACUGCCCCUGAGAUUGAGCAGGUUCCUGGGCGGGUUUCUUCUGCCUUUUUUCAUCAUCUCCACAGCUUACUCAGUUCUUCUUUGCAAGCUCCGUGGGCGGCGCUGGACAGGAUGUCACCGCACCAUCAGUCUCGUGGCCACCAUUGUGGCUCUUUUCUUCAUCUGCUGGCUGCCCCACCACAUCUUUGUGCUGCUGAGCACCAUUUACCCAAAUGGUGUAAACAUUCCCCAAAACAACUUUUGGGGAAUUGCACUCAAGCUCUCCAAUGCAUUGGCAUACUUCCACAGCUGCAUCAACCCAGUGCUCUACGGCUUUGUGGGGUAUAUCCGGAGCAGAGGCCUCUACCGCCGAGCCUCCUUCUUGGGACUUUUCCGCAAGGCCCUCGCUGAAGAGGAUGACACUUCAGUUGGGGCAGAAGCAUCACAGAACCUUAAUCAGACGACCUAA